AUGGCGUCAUUUCUCGAGAAUGCGUACAGUCUGGUGCACCAGGACAAUGCGGCCGACGUGCCCUCCGACAAUGAGCUCAAGACAGCUCUGGAGAAAGGCAGCGAUGAGCAGAAGAUCGAGACAAUGAAGAAGAUUCUUGCCAUCAUGCUCAAUGGCGACGCGAAAACGGGCCUUCUCAUGCACAUAAUACGAUUUGUCAUGCCCAGCAAGUCGAAGCCGCUCAAGAAGCUCAUGUACUUCUUCUUCGAGGUCUGCCCCAAGCACGAUGCUCAGGGCAAGCUGCGGCAGGAGUGGAUCCUGGUAUGCAAUGCCAUUCGAUUCGAUCUGCAGGCACCAAACGAAUACGUACGAGGAAACACACUGCGCUUUGUCACGAAGCUGCGCGACGCAGAGCUUGUGGAGCCACUGCUACAACCUGUCCGACAAUGUCUUACACAUCGGCAUGCGUACGUCCGCAAGAACGCCACCUUUGCUAUUGCAUCCAUCUUCACUCACCUGCCCGAGCUCAUGCCGGAUGCGCCCGACCUGCUUACCACUUUCCUCGACGACGAGAACGACCCAACUUGCAAGCGCAAUGCUUUCGCCGCUCUCACAUCGAUUAGCCACGACAAGGCUCUCGAGUAUCUGAGCACCGUUUUCGAUGCGAUUCCAAACCACGAAGAGCUUCUGCUUCUCGCUGAACUCGAGUUCAUCCGCCGAGAUGCUGCUGUCAACCCAGGCAACAAGGCUAAAUACCUGCGCCUGAUCUUUGACCUUCUCGAGUCACAGGUGUCAACCGUCAUCUACGAAGCCGCACACGCCCUGACCACUCUUACAAGUAACCCUGUAGCUGUAAAGGCUGCUGCAGGGAAGUUUGUGGAGCUGGCUGUUAAGGAACCUGACAACAAUGUCAAGCUCAUCGUUCUGGAGCGAGUCAACCAAUUGCGAGGUAAGAAUGAGGGCGUCCUAGACGACCUGACCAUGGAGAUUCUCCGCGUUUUGUCGAGCACCGAUCUCGAUGUGCGCAAGAAGGCACUGCAUAUUGCCAUGGAGAUGAUCUCCAGCAGGAACGUCGAAGAGGUGGUGCUGCUCCUGAAGAAGGAGCUGAUGAAGACUGUCGAUGAGCAGUACGAAAAGAACUCUGAGUACAGGUCGAUUCUCAUCUCCGCCAUCCACCAAGCUGCUAUCAAGUUCCCUGAAGUUGCUGCGAGUGUUGUUGGUUCGCUAAUGGACUUCAUAUCCGAUGUCAGCAGCAACGCAUCCGCUGUCGAUGUGAUCUCCUUCGUCAAGGAGGUUGUCGAGCGCUUCCCGGACCUCCGUCCUUCCAUCAUCGAGCGCCUCGUCUCGACCCUUGGAGAGGUCCGCGCCGGAAAGGUCUACCGAGGUGUUCUUUGGAUCAUCGGUGAAUAUGCUCUCGAAGUCAAGGACAUUCAGGAUGCGUGGAAGGGCAUCCGGUCAUCUCUGGGCGAGAUUCCUAUUCUUGCAUCCGAACAGAGAUUACUGGACGAUGCAUCAGAAGGCAAGGAAGACUCUGACCAAGUCAACGGACACACCAAAGCAGCGGCCCCCACAGGUUCACGAAAGGUUCUGGCUGACGGCACGUAUGCCACCGAAAGUGCGCUCACAUCUUCGGCUGCAGCCAAGGCGAAGCUGGAUGCGGUCAAGAACUCGCAAAAACCUCCGCUGCGUCAACUCGUUCUUGAUGGCGACUACUAUCUCGCUACAGUCCUCUCGAGCACGCUCACCAAGCUUGUUAUGCGAUACUCUGAGCUCUCAAAAAACGCUGCACGAACAAAUGCUCUGCGCGCCGAGGCUAUGCUUAUUAUGAUCUCUAUCAUCCGCGUCGGACAGUCGCAAUUUGUUAAGACUCUUAUCGAUGAGGACUCCGUCGACCGCAUCAUGUCCUGUGUACGGUCGUUGUCAGAGUUUUCGCAGAAGAAGGAACUCGAGACCGUCUUCCUGGAAGACACACGAAAGUCUUUUGCGACCAUGGUUCAGACCGAAGAGAAGAAGCGUGCAGCGAAGGAGGCCUCGGAGAGAAUGAAGUCUGCGGUCAAUGUUGAUGACUCUUUCAACAUCCGUCAACUCAAGAAGAAGGAUGCGGAUGGCAAUGACGAGAUUGAGCAAGACUUGGAAAGGGCCACAGGAGGCGAUACCGCCACUGAAGACCUCUCAUCAAAGCUCAGCCGCGUAGUUCAGCUCACCGGUUUCUCGGAUCCUGUCUACGCCGAGGCCUAUGUCAAGGUCCAUCAAUUCGACAUUGUACUUGACGUACUUCUCGUCAACCAAACAACCGAAACUCUACAGAACCUCACAGUCGAGUUCGCAACUCUUGGUGAUCUUAAGGUUGUUGAACGACCACCGACGCAGAAUGUUGGCCCCCACGACUUCAUCAACCUGCAGUCUACCAUCAAGGUAUCCUCGACCGAUACCGGCGUCAUUUUCGGCAACGUGCUUUACGAAGGCGAGAAGGGUGUCGAUUCUAACGUGGUCAUCCUGAACGACGUGCACGUCGACAUCAUGGACUACAUCAAGCCCGCGCAGUGCACAGAGACACAGUUCCGAACAAUGUGGACCGAGUUCGAAUGGGAGAACAAGGUCAACAUCAACUCGAAAGCCAAGACUCUGCGCGAAUUCCUAAAGCAGUUGAUGGCUUGCACCAACAUGAGUUGUUUGACACCUGAAGCAUCGAUGAAGGGCGACUGUCAAUUUUUGUCUGCCAAUUUGUACGCCAGGAGCGUAUUUGGCGAGGACGCUUUGGCCAACUUGAGUAUAGAGAAGGAAGGCGACAACGGCCCAAUCACUGGAUUUGUCCGUAUUCGCAGUCGGUCGCAAGGGUUAGCGUUGAGCUUGGGGUCGUUGAAGGGGUUGAACAAGGUCGGUGUUGCAUGA